AUGGCUGACUAUUUUCAACUGUUUAGCGCGUUUGUCGUGGUAUUUCUCGCUCUGUAUUAUUAUUUCACAUCGACUUUCGAUUUCUGGAAGAACCGAGGUGUACCUGGACCACGACCGAUACCUGUAUUCGGCAAUGCCAAAGAUGUCGUGCUCGGAAGAGAGACGUUACAAAUAUAUAUUACACGCCUUUACAGGAAAUAUAAGGAUGAGCCUAUGUUUGGGAUAUUCGUGAGAGGAUCACCUAAUCUUGUCUUGUGCGACCUGGAUCUUAUUAAGGAUGUCUUAAUCAAGGACUUUACGAUGUUCGAAGAUCGAGGAACUACCGUGACCGAAAGAACAUUUUAAUGAUACUCCGACUACAAAAUGGCCGUAUAACAAAGAUCUCGAAUCGAAGUUUUGUAGCUCUAAUUUGAUGGUAGUGGUCGAGUCGAGAACGAGUCACGUUUGUUCAAAUUUUUUCCCGCCGUGGAGUUAGACAGUUUCGAACUGAAACUAAUACCGUUGACGGCUGCUACGGGAAAAAGGAACGGGUCUGGAACAGUGGGUCUAAAGUGGCGUUCACGAGGGAAAAAGGAGGAAGCUUACGAACCGACUUUGUAUAUGGGGUGUCCUACGAUUUCCUCUGCUAAAAUUUCGAUAAUUUACUGCCAGGACAUUAUUCAUAUAUCCAUGGACCUAACCUAUAAAUCUGACGUCCAUUAUUUAU